CAUCCAACUGACCAUGGCGAUCGAAUCAACGGAACCAGUGCAUCAGCACGAGGCUGCUGCCCCUGUUGAACACAAUGACCACACUAACAUUGCAGAACAUGGGCAUCCGCGCACCAAGGACGUCGUCAUUGCGGCUUCCAACGUCGUGACCGAAGCCGGUGUCGAGGAGAACCAGCCGCAAACGUCCUCUCUCUGGUGGGCCUGGUUGUAUAUAUUCAACUGGUACCCGAAACAUAUACCGAAAGAAGAGAAAGCCUUCUUGAAAAAAAUCGACGCGUUUCUCUUGACCUUCACAUCUUUUGCUUUCUUCUUGAAAUGGCUCGACUCCUCUAAUAUCAAUAAUGCCUAUGUCUCGGGCAUGAAGGAGGAUCUGAAGCUCUACGGGAAUGAUUCGCUCAUCCCCAUUUUCUACAAUGUCGGAUACAUCGUUUGCCAAGUUCCCGCCAUGCUGCUUCUUUCCAGGCCCAAGUGGUCAAGGUACUUUCUGCCGGCCAUGGAAGUCGCCUGGAGCGUCUUGACUUUCGCACAGUGCCGAUUGAAUAGCGCACCCCAAAUCUAUGGAACGCGCCUCCUGCUUGGUAUUCUCGAAACUCCAGUCGCUUCUGGCUCAUUGUUCAUUCUAUCGUCUUGGUACAAACCAGAGGAGUUGUUCAAGCGUGCCGGCCUUUGGUACAUCUCGAACAACAUUGGCGUCAUGUUUGGAGGAUAUCUUCAAGCGGCUGCUUACACGAACCUAGAUGGGGUACACGGGAUGGCGGGUUGGAGAUGGCUCUUUAUUAUUGACGGGUGCAUCUCUCUCCCCAUCGGUAUCAUUGGGUUUUUCAUCUUUCCUGGCAUGCCCUCAAGCGGUAAGCCAUUCUGGCUCACCCAGAAACAGCACGAACUAGGCCAGCGCCGCAUGCACGAAGUGGGUGUCGAAGCCCCUAAGCGCAUCAGCAUGAAGGUGAUCAAAAGAAUCUUCACCCAUUGGCACUGGUAUGUCGGUGUACUGGCUUACGUCUUCUUUCUGAGCUCCAGUUACCCCCACGGCCAAAUGGGUCUGUGGCUCAAGGCCGAGGGAACGUACAGUGUGCCACAGAUCAACACCAUUCCCACGGGAGCCCAGGGUGUAUCUGUAAUCGCGGCCGUGUUGGCGACGGGCUUAUGUAUCACAUACCCCACCUGGAUCGUGUUCUUGAUGGUGCAAGCCGUCUUCUUGUUUGCCAACAUCGUCUUGUUGGUGUGGAAUGUUCCCGUGGGUCUACACUUUGCUGCUUACUAUUUGCUCGGAGUAUCUGCCGCAGUCACGCCCAUCCUGAUUCCAACGGUCAACUACUGGCUCAAGGAUGAUGCGGAGGCUCGGGCUUUCUGCACCGGUUCCAUGAUCACUCUCGGAUUCGCAGUCUCCGCAUGGUACCCCUUAGUCGUUUUCCCAGUGAUAGAAGCUCCACGAUGGAAGAAGGGCUACACGGUCAACAUUCUCUUCACCUUAGGCUGCUGGUUUACUCUCAGCUUCGGGUUUUGGCUAUUUAACCGCCAGCGGAAAAAUGCAAAGGAUAGACAGUCUGAUGAGGAGUACAUCAAGGGCGAGAAUUCCCAGCACCUAGAAUGAGUUGAGCGUCUAACAAGCUUGGAAUCGAUGACCACACCUCAGGUCUCGACGUUGGGAUUUUGAGGGCAGGGGAG